UAGUUCUUCGUAACUGUUUCCUGACAUCUCAGACAAAGACAUGGCCCUUUCCUGAAUCGACAAUCACAGAGAGCGGCUGGACGAGGAUCGAGAACCGAGUUAAGAAUGAAGAUACUCGCCAUCAUUGUUGUUUGUGUCAUAUGGUCAACAACUGACUCGCAGCUGAUCCGCAAACUACAGCGGCGGUCAGACAGUCUAGAGAAUCUCAGAAGGAUGCUGCUAGAACUGGGGGACACUGACAAUGACGGUAAAAUGUCGGGGGAGGAGAUCCAGGAUUUUUUUAGGUAUAUCAUGAACCUGAGUCCUGAAAACUCCCUGUUAACUGCCCUACAGUUCAUAAAGGACGGAGAUAUGAAUGGAGAUGGAGAACUUAAUGAAUCAGAACUCCUAACUGCACUGCGGAUUUACAGAGGAAUAUCAUGAGUUUCACAUGUUCAUACUGAUGGUGUUGCAUGUGUUGACUUGAUUUUCAAAAAAAUGGUUCAUAAAUAAUUAGCUGAGUGAUUAAAUGCAAUUGAAAAAGGC